CGACCACCGCCCCGCGCAGAGCACACCGCCGUCAACCUGCGCCACCCUCCGGUCCACGCGCGCGCCCUCGCCGCGUAUCGCCGCCCGGAGACAACGCGUGGUCCACGCCCGCGGACCAUCCGCGGCCGCUGCUCGCCUGAGACCCCCUCCGAUGGACUUUGGCCCCGCGAACCUCCCCGACGGACAACACUGAGCGCCGGCCCGACCCGAAGCCAUGUCGCGACCGGGAUCACGCCGUGGGUCGCGCCGGCUGUCGCAGCCCACGUCCGGCGGCGUGCCCAUGUUCUACUUCGAGCUGGACACCUCCGAGUGCCCCGACGCCCAGGACAACGCGCCGCGGCCCAUGAUCACGGAGUACGUCCCUGGAAGGAAGGGCAGCGGGCGCUCCGACCUCGCCCUUAGCAAGUUCAAGUGCAAGGAGAAUGGCGUGUCGGUGGCCGUCACCAACGGCUCCACCACCCCGCUCGUGGAGAACCCCAUCGAGGACGAGGAGGCGGGCACCUACGACCCGUUCAAGCACCGCCACCUGGAGCACCCCACCACGGACCUGGACACGCUUAUCCACCUGCUCAAGGGCAGCCUCGGCACCGGCAUCCUGUCCAUGCCGCUCGCCUUCAAGAACGCGGGGCUCUUCUUCGGUCUCGUGGCCACCUUCACCAUCGGCUUUAUCUGCACAUACUGCGUGCACGUGCUGGUGAAAUGCGCGCACGAGCUCUGCAGGCGGACGCGGGUGCCCUCCCUGGACUUCGCAGACGUGGCGGAGACGGCCUUCUCCUGCGGCCCGUCCGCCGUCCAGAAGUUCUCGAGGCUCGCGAGGGCCGUGAUCAACACCUUCCUCGUGAUCGACCUGCUCGGCUGCUGCUGCGUGUACCUCGUGUUCGUCGCGACCAACCUGCAGCAGGUGGUGAACCACUACACCGGCAGCGACCUGAGCGUGCAGAUGUACAUGAUCAUCAUGCUCGCGCCCCUCAUCCCGCUCAACCUGAUCCGCAACCUCAAGUACCUGUCGCCCUUCUCCAUGGUGGCCAACCUGCUCAUCGGCACGGGCAUGGCCAUCACCUUCUACUACAUACUCACCGACCUGCCCUCCGUCAGCGAGCGACCCUCCUUCUCCACGUGGCCGCAGCUCCCGCUCUUCUUCGGCACGGCCAUCUUUGCCCUGGAGGGCAUCGGCGUGGUGAUGCCGCUGGAGAACAACAUGAAGACCCCGACGCACUUCAUCGGGUGCCCCGGCGUGCUCAACACUGGCAUGGGUGUCGUCGUUUCCCUGUACGCUUUGGUCGGCUUCUUUGGCUACCUGAAGUACGGCGACAUCACGGAGGGUUCCAUCACUCUCAACCUGCCUCAGGACCCGCUGGCCCAGUCCGUCAAGGUGAUGAUCGCCCUGGCCAUUUUCCUGACGUACGCCCUGCAGUUCUACGUGCCCAUGGAGAUCAUCCGCAAGGGCUUCAUCGACGUGCACCUCAGAAAGUACCCAGUCGCUUCAGAGUACAUUUUACGCGUAUCUCUGGUCCUCCUCACCGUGGGCGUCGCCAUCGCCAUCCCCCACUUGGGGCCCUUCAUCUCGCUCGUGGGUGCCGUCUGCCUGUCCACGCUGGGGCUCAUGUUCCCCGCCGUCAUCGAGAUCGUCACGUUUUGGGACACGCCCGGCGGCCUCGGUGCCGGCAACUGGAAGGUGUACAAGAACCUGGCCAUCAUUGCCUUCGGUAUCCUGGGCUUCGUCACCGGCACCUACGUCAGCAUCCAGGAGUUCGUCCACGAGUUCUCAAAGCACCCGUGAGCGCCGGAGCCGCCCAGGGCCGCCGCCCUGGCCAACGACAACUAGGGGACGCCCCCGAUGAAGGAGGCCCUCCCCUCCCCAGUAUACUCUUGCAUGUAAUUUUUAGUUACGGUACUGUGAAGAUGCGCAUUCGACCGGAAUCCAACUAUACUGUCGUCGAGAGAAAGCAGGGUCCCCUGUCCCGUCGUGUCCCCCCUGGACCUGUGAUCUGUAGGAUUACAAGCUGUAGUUUUACUUCCUGGCCGCGGCCAGGACGUGAGGUGUGCGCGACUGCCCGUCCCACCGCCGUUCCAAAAAGAAGCAAAAAUCAGCUAAAAGAAUAUUUUUUCAAAAAGUACAAUUAAGCAACUGUGGACUUUGGAAUGUCAUGUUUGGCAGUUGAACGUGCAGGCUCGCACCACCCACAAUAUUGAUGCAGACUGUGAUUAUCAGGUGCUUCCUUGUUUUAUAGUGUAUGGCGGCAUGAAGGAGGUAGAGGAGGGCCAGAGCAUUGGCCGCGCUUUUGGCGUGGACGGUGCGGAGUUUGAACUGCGUUUCCUGGGCCUCUGAAAUCGAUUCACGCGUUUAUCGACUGAAGGUGCAUUCCAAGAUGAAAAGAGGGAAUAAUCAGACGGCUUGAGAUGGUGAGAUUGCAGAAGGGUUGUGCCAUGCUGUUCAAUCAAUGCCUAUGUUAUUAGUUCGCUUGCGUCGGAUAUAACUAAACCUUGUGCGCCGUCGAUACAUUGGUUGGUAAAACAAAGUAUAAAAAUUUAAGCGGAUCGGUAGAUAUGUUUUUCAGAGUUAUUCCCCGAAGCCACAACAGCAUCCAAAUUAACGUGUCUUGGAAGUUCUCCUUUUACCGUCUGUAACUUUUGUGUUUGUGCUUGCUUAUAAUACCCCCGCUACCAGCAGGGUUUCAUAUCAUCAUUUCGCGACUUCCCAUCGGCCUUACUCAUUCAUAUCUCACAUAUAACGUUGAUUUAGCCGAAAUCGGCAAAUGAUCUGAUUCAUAAAAUUGUUGCCGUGUGUUAGUCAUCCCGUAUCGCGGAUUUUAUUUCACUGUGAUACUAGAGAAAGGAACAAUAAAUAAUAUUUUAUUUAUCUCUCAAUUUAGAAUAAGUCGCGGUAAAGCAGACGAUGAAUCUCCUAAUUUCCUAAAGUUAUAAAGCUCCAAUUUGUUCGGUCUCUUAAAAUAAUUUUGCUGUACACGUAUUUUCGUUGCAUUUCAAGGAAAAGCCGGCGAGGUGCUUCAUAGCAUCUCAUUCAUUGUGUGUACCAUAGAUUCAUCGCUGACUUUAGGAAAGAAAAUAGCUGUGAGUACUACAUAUUAUAAUAAAUUAAAAGGGUUGUGUCUACUUGGAUUUCGGUCAAUGUCUGCCAAGCAAUGUGAAUACUUUACAGACAUUUUCCUCGCACUAGAGGUCUACUAACCUGCAAAAUGAAAUCCCUUUCCAGUCGGGAAGAGCGUUAUUUCUGUUUGUUUAUUCAUCCAUCACUUUCCAUGUUAUGUUUUAGUUAACAGUGGAGAGGUGGACCGUGUAUUAUUUAUUUAAUUCAUAAGAUUGGGUUAUCAAGUACCAUGCUAUUAUGUAUAUAUAGUAUAUUCAAGUGAGAUUUUAGUAGGGAAGUACCUAUACAGCUAUAGAUAUGUGCUGUAUCACUCCGGAAAAAUUCCCUGAGGGGUUUUAUUUUUACAUCCAAUAAAAUAUUGUAUAGUUAUCGAAUUGAAAAUCCCCUUAUAAAAUUACUGGCAUUUUUCGGCACUUUUUUUGUAAACCCGUAUGUUUAAGUUGUCGAACGACAUUCCCCCUCAAAAAAUAGAUACGUAUGUAUACCGCGUACAAAUUUCUUUGAGAUUUUCGACGUUUCAACAAUAGUGUCUUGUUAGACUAUGCAUCACAAAGCUGUCAAAAAUUCAGAUUCCCUAUGUCCGGUUGGCCUUGCAGAUUCAUCAUAAUUUUGUUUAAAGUGAGAAGACAAGGAUUGUUAUUGUUGUUUAUGUGGAUUGACAUGUGAUAGUUCAAUUAUUUUAGUUUUAAGUGUAUGAUGAAGAUUUAUAGAAAUUUCGGAAUUUUAUGAAGCCUUUCUGAAAGGCAUACUUUACAUGACAGUAUAAAUGACUUUUAAGAAAAGACAUGCUGAACGAAACUUCUGUUCGCCGCGAUGUGAAGCACCAUCUUGUUACCUAUACAUAUUUGUGGACGGCGGAAAUCAGCGUUCGUUACACCCUUUGCAUGUUACUUUAUUUGUCACGUGGUUAGCGUAAUUCCUGUACGAUUCAAGUAAAGCAUAUGAGAAAAUAGUACAAUAUCUAAUUACUUCUGCUCAUUACUGUUAAUGUUUUAUUUCAAUUGCAUUCUUGUGGCAAUGCUAGCCACCCCGUAUUAAAUUGGAAAUUGGAAAUAGUCAUGUUUAUUUUGGCGUGUUGUCGUAAAGAGAAUGUUUUAAAUCACAAGUUUUUGA